AUGCAACUUCCCAAUGGUUACGACACUCGUGUUGGAGAAAGAGGCAGACUACUCUCUGGUGGCCAGAAGCAGAGGGUUGCUAUUGCUCGCAGUUUGAUCUCAGAUCCUCGUAUCCUCCUGCUAGAUGAAGCCACCAGUGCACUUGACCCAACUGCCGAAACCGUCGUCCAGAAGGCGCUCGAUAGUGCUGCACAGAAUCGCACGACAAUUGUCAUCGCACACAAACUUUCAACGGUCUGCAAUGCCGACAACAUCGUGGUCAUGUCCAAAGGCGAAUUAGUUCAGCAAGGCACUCAUGCGGAGCUCCUGGACCGCGGUGGGAUGUAUGCCAAACUCGUACAGGUGCAGAGCCUGUUGCCAGUUCAGAAUCAGCUGCUGAACAUCAGCGAUACACCCUUGGAAGAAAUCGAGAAACAAGACGUUCUCGCUCAAACAGCUGUGUCUCUAGACAGGCCAGAUACCGCCGGCCCACAUGACCACGGCAAGGUUGGCGAGAAAGAAGACUCACAGUCAUCUAGGGAGGUUGGCCUGCUCCGCAGUUGUUGGAAACUAGCAAGAUUGACUCCUGAACUGCGCCGAUGGUACAUUUAUGGGGAAUGA